AUGAGUAGUAUUAAACUUGAUGUACAGUGGUCUCCAGUUCAUGCUAAUAAAUUUAUUACAUGGGGUACAGAAAUCUGUUUGUAUGAAGUUAUACAAAUUAAAGAUAAUAAUAGACAAUUAUACACAAAAAUUUCUGACUCUACUGUUGCACAUUUACUUGCAACAAAUACCAAUCAUCAUUAUGUUAAAUGUAUUGAUAUAUAUCCACAAUUGGAACCAGAUAUUUUGUUAGCUGUUGGACAAGCAAAUGGAAAAGUUGUCUUAACCACUUUUGCUCCAACAAUUUUUGAUUCUCAAGGUCUUAGCGGAAAAGAAUUAGUUCCAAAACAUGCAAGACAGUGCAAUACUGUUGCUUGGAAUCCUAUAGAUACAAAUUUAAUCGUGUCUGGCUUAGAUAAACAUAGUAAAGAUCAUUCCAUUUUAUUAUGGGACAUAAACAAAGGCUUACAAGCCUCAGAAAGAGUACAUCAUCACAAUACAGUGCAGGUAGAUUCUGUAAGACCUAUUGCAGAAGUUGGUGUUUCUGAAACUGUACAUUCCAUUGCUUGGUUUAAGCAUGAACAAAAAUGUAUGGUAGUUGGUACUAAUAAUAAACAAUUAAAAAUUAUUGAUUUCAGAGAUUCUGCGAAAGUAAUCAACACAACAGCCACUAAAGCAGUUUAUAAUGUAUCAGUAAAUCCACAUAAUAAUUAUCAUUUAGUAUCAAGUGUUGAUAACCAGAUAACCAUUUGGGAUACAAGAUGCUUUGAAAAACCUGUUUUAACAUUGUCACAAAACAGGCAAAUUACAAAAGUUUUAUGGUGUCCAACUAGGCACAAUCUUUUAGGAGCUUUACAAAAAGACUCAGUGACACUACAUUUGUAUGAUAUUCAACACUGUGGAAUUGGGGGAGAAGAUACAGAACCUGGGGCAUUAGAAAGGACAGUUGCACCACCUUGGCAUAGUCCUGUAAGUUUUUCAUGGCAUCCAACACAUGUGAACAGAUUGUUGGCAAUAUCUCAACAAGGACUUACAGAUUAUACUGUUUGUGAAAGAAUUACUGUAAAUUGGUCCACACGAUCUCAUCUUGUCUGGAAUCAUGCUUCUAAAUCAUUUAAAUAUAUAUGUAGUAAUGAUAAUAUUUAUAAAGCUUUAGAUGAUAUUUCUAUUUUAACUAAAACACGCGCUGCUUCGGAAUAUGGUUUACUUCCAGAGUUGGCUCAAAAUGGUGAAUUGGCCGAAAAUGAUAUUCUUAAAAAUUUAUGGCAAUGGUUGUACUUAAGUCGUUAUUUGGUAGAGGAUGGAGCUAUACCAUGUGUAGACAACAAACAUCCAGGUGUUAGAACAGUUUUAAAACUGGAUGGCCAACAAGGAUUUAAUAAUGGUUUUUUAAAAUCGGAAUUAAUUCAUCGCCCUUGGUCUGAUAUAGGAUCGAAUUAUACUGCAAAGAUAUACAGAUCUCCAGAUAGAGAUAAAGGAUUACUUCUGUGUGGUUGGAGAUUUGACAAAGAUACCAAUACCCUUUAUGAUAACUUGUUUUUAGAAAGAUUAGAAAGAGAAGGUGCAUAUCCAAGAGCAACAGCAAUAGCUGUAUUUAAUUUAUGUUUACGGCAAGCCAUAGAAAUUUUAAAUCGAGGAGCUACUAAAAUGUCGAUGUCCACAAAUUUAAAUAUUGUUGCCAUGGCUUUAUCAGGAUUUUCUGAAGAUAGGAAUAGUAUGUGGAGAGAAUCAUGUUUAAAAUGUAGAUCUCAACUCUCAGAUCCUUAUUUGAGAGCAACUUUUGCUUUUUUAACAGCCGAUGAUUCUUAUGAUAAUGUUCUAAAUGAAAGUGGCAUGGCAGUUGAAGACAGAGUGGCAUUUGCACUUAUGUUUCUAUCAGAUAAUAAGUUAAACGAAUAUUUAAGAAAAUUGGCCCAAAAGUUGACUGAUGAAGGAAACUUAGCAGGUUUCCUUUUAACAGGUGCAAGUUUAGAAGGUAUACAAUUAUUGAAUCGAUAUUUAGAAAUUACCGGUGAUGUUCAGAGCUGCAGUUUGAUAGCUAUUAGAGCGUUUACACCAAAAUUGCUUCAGGAAAACCAAGUUCAAGUCUGGAUUACUAGUUACAGGAAUCUUUUAAAUGCUUGGAAAAUGUGGACUCAAAGAGCUCAUUUUGAUAUCGCCAUGCGAUCUUCGACAAAUGAAAAGCCUCCGCAACAAAUAUAUGUUUCUUGUAAUUUUUGUGGCAAAAGUAUAUCAGCUUUUAUGCAAGGUUUAAGUAGAGCAAGAGGUCCUUUUGGGAGAUUAGGAAGUACACCCAAUAAAUUAAAAAUGUCUUCAUGUCCAAAUUGUAGAAAACCAUUACCGCGUUGUGCAAUUUGUUUAAUGCACAUGGGUACAGUAAGUGGUCUACAAAUGACAACAUCUGGUAUUAGUAGAAGUGAAGAAUGUGAUAAUAAAUUGACAGAAUUUAAUAACUGGUUUACAUGGUGUCAAACAUGUAGACAUGGUGGUCAUGCUGAUCAUAUUACUCAUUGGUUUCGGCAGCAUUCAGAAUGUCCAGUAACUUCAUGUACAUGCAGAUGCUUUUCUUUAGAUGCAUCAUGUAAAAUAGCAUUUUAGGAUUUUAUUUUGUACAUUUCUUCAAACAGCAUGG